AUGGCAAAUCCCUCUCGAAGAAUGCCCUUGGCCAGCAUCUCCAACGCAACAAAUUCUCCACACCGACUUCUCACCAACAGUGGCUCUAAGAGGUCUCGAAGUGUAGCUAAUGGUCAACAAGAAAAUGAGCCGCCGCAGAAGCGGUUGGCCAUCGACAAAGCCAGCCGAGAGAGCAACCCUCCCACUCCCCGGAGAGACCAGCAAUCCCAGCCCACCAUGGCCGAGGCUCGUGUAUUCGAACGAGGUGGUGGUGAUGGCGCUGCCAAUGCUUUUCAGAGAAAGCUAGUUGCUGUUCGGGAUCGGAGUGCAGGGCUACGGGUUACCAAGAAUGUCGACAAUCCCAGCAAGGAAGAGUCUAUUCGUACCUGGCAGAAACAUUACCGCAAACUCUUCCCAACCUUCAGCUUCUACUUUGACGGUGUCUCUGAAGAUGCUCGAUCCCGUUUUCUUCGUCAAAUCACUAGCUUGGGUGCGAACGAAGAGAGAUUCUUCUCCAAAGCGGUCACACAUAUCAUCACUACGCGCCAGAUUCCACCUGAAGGAAGAAGCCAUGCGACUACUGAUGAUACAACACAAGCUAAUGCCGAGAGCCAUCCUCAAACGAUUAAUCCAUCUUUACUAGAAAAGAACCCCCGUAGCCAUGUGGGUCAGGGCGCCAGACGCGAUACUAUCAACCAGAUGGAUAUCCUUGUCAGAGGAAGGGAGAUGGGCAUGAAAAUUUGGGCUGCAGAGAAACUUCAGAGAAUCCUCGGCUCUAUACUCGAUGAGUCAGGAACCCAUGGUCACCAUACACGUGGAUCCACACAUACGCAGCGGAUACAGCAUGAGGAUCUUGGACAAGUCCUGAAGAAUGAAAAGUUGGGGGCCACAUCGGAGAGAGAUCAGCCAUUCUUAUCCAUGGUGGCAUUCAAGGGACCUUUCAUCUACAUUCACGACAUGGAGGAGAAGUAUCGUCCUACAAUGUAUAGGGACUACCCUAAAGUUGCACGACGGGCUGAUGGCGAAUGGCCACAAUUUCGUUCUGCUAGUAUUGGCAAAUGUCCUUUCGUGGAAGAUCCUGGGAUGAGGAAGGAAAUCGAACAGGACCGGGCGAGAGCUAAGAAAGCCGCAGCUUUGCAGCAACAACAACAACAACAACGUGAACAACAGCAGCAGAUACCACGAACGAGAUCAACCCUGUCCCUUGAGCCGGCGAGGGUGGAUCCUCGUCGCACGAGUCCACGCAAGGCACUCCAACCCGUGCCUAAUGCCAAUGGAGCAGAUCUUUCGAUGGCAGUCGAGACCGAGAAAGUUCCCCAAAAACCAUUACCGUCUGCGCCAGAAAGGCAGUCUUCUUUCCCACCUAUGCCGCCGAUGCCCUCACAGCCGCCAGCUUUUGAAUUUGUCCGGCCCAGUCAGCUCAGUCUCUCUCGGGAGCCUGCGGCUUCUGGGAUCCAACGCUCCAACCUCACGUCCGCUAUACAGUCACAGGUGAUCUCCUCAACCGCAGCCACCGGUGUUAAAGCUGGUACUAGUAAGGAAGUGCAUCAGCUUAAGCGUCAGGUAUUGGAACGUGGCUAUACCGGCAGCCUUUCUGUUGGUUCUAUUCCCUCGUCACAUAGGAUGAACGAUCUCGCAGGUGCUUUGAAGCAUGCGCGUGCACCUGCGCCACAACGAGCCGCCAAGAGCAAAGCUCAGGAAAAACUGGGUGGUAUCCAAGAAGAAACUGAUCCGUAUGCAGACGAUCUUGCUGCAGAACGGGCUAUUCAAUCUUCUCGACGGAAAAAGACAGUGAAAAGAGAUCCCAAGCCCGGGUAUUGUGAAAAUUGCCGUGACAAGUAUGAUGAUUUCGAAGAGGUAAGAGACACUUUGGCACGAGGUCAAAAUGAUCCGAUCGCUAAUUUGCCCUAG